CGCAUGUCACCCUCAUUGAAAUCAAAGCCACAUUCUGUCGAAGGAUAAGCUAGCAUUGAGACAUCGGAUUAUCUAUUUUCAACAUGUGUAAGAAAAUGGUGACCUAACUGAAACGUCAAAAUGCGGUAAAGGGCAUCAUUUUUGUAAAUUUAUAAGUUGUAAUGUCUCGAAAAUGUCUUAGAAUAUUUGGAUUCACCUGUGUCGCGUUUCUUGAAUAGAAUUCAAGAGAAAGAAAAAAAUGGGUGUGCAUGCGUCGCCGACCCGAUAUAGCGGUGUAUGGUUGUGGGGUGUUACUGUGAUUUUGGUGCAAUUCAUGGAGGUGACAAGUAUAAGUGUUCAUGUGGAUUGGAGUGAUAUUUCUUCAGGGAAGGAAAUUUAUAACGUGAGUGCAAAUGAAGGAGACUGGAAUUACAAAGCAUUGAAAUUCGCACAUAACGGUAGAAGUGGAAAUUCUUCGGUAGAAAUUAGAAAUGGUGCUGUUUAUCUCAAAUCAAGUGUUCCGUGUGACCAAAUAGAAAACCCCUUUGAAAUUGGUGUUUUAUCAACAACAAAUAAUAAGGAAACGAUAGUCGUGGCUUUGUUGCCAUUAAAAAUCAACAUUCAGGGGAAAAACUGUCUCGUUCCCAAACACAGGAAAGCUCAUAGAAGAAGGGUGAGGGAUGAAAAAUUUCGAAUAAGUGUCAAAAGCAAGGAUUACUAUUCCAAUCGGUGCUUUCAAAAACAAGAUACUGUGCUCAAUUUCGGGGCAUUAUUUCCAGUUACCCUUGACAAAUGUAGAAAAGUCGAUUUUCAUGUUAAAGAUAAUUCCUCGCUCAUUGGUUUUAACAAGAAAUCCAGGUCAUUUUAUGCACUUCAGAACUUCUGUACAUCAUCCUCAAAAUUUGCAAUAAACGGUCGUUUGUUUUUAAGAAAGUGCCAUGAUUCUCCUCGACAUCUAGAAAUCCCUGUGAAAAUAACAUUCAGAAAUAUGUUUAAUUUUCAAGCUUAUCCCGUUUCAAAUUCCCCCAAUCAAAACCAUGUCAGGGUCAGAAGGCAAGCAAUCAACAAUUCCCCAACAUUUCCGCAAAUAAGUUAUACGGCAUCGGUGCAAGAAAAGAAGAAUCCUGGGUACCAUGUGAUCACAUUGUCGGCCAUAGAUACCGACAGUGGUGAAAACGGGGUGUUAACAUAUAGUAUGACGGCUCAAAGUGACCAGAGAAGUCAAGAUAUGUUCGCCAUCAAUCCUGCGACUGGAUUAAUAAAUACCACAAAGAUGCUGGAUAGAGAACAGAUUCAAAGCCACAAAUUUGCUAUAUAUGCUAGAGACAAUGGCUACCCCCAGCUUUCUGGUGUUUGUAUGCUCACGAUAGACGUACUGGAUGUCAACGAUAAUGACCCAAAGUUUGAGAAAACCGUCUACUAUCAAGAAAUUUCUGAGGACCUGCCAAUUUCCUCCACUGUCAUGACAAUCAAAGCAACUGAUUCGGACGAUGGAAAAAAUGCUGAAAUAAGAUAUCGCAUCAUUGAAAAUCAACAGUCCUCUACGUUUAUGAUUGAGCCGAUAACAGGGACGAUCACGACUAGAGUGGAGUUGGAUCGUGAAACAGUGGCCUCGUAUCAAAUAAUCGUCCAGGCCACGGACCAAGGGGAUGUGGAAACCAGACGAUCGGCAACUGCCACCGUUAAUAUUGCAGUGUUAGACGAAAAUGACAACUACCCGCAGUUCUCUCAGAGAACCUAUCGGGUGAAUGUAUCUGAGGACUUGAACUUCAACACAGGGCAGGCUGUUAUUGCCAAGGUGACCGCAACUGAUAAAGACCUGGGCAAAAAUGGACAGAUUACGUACAACAUAUUCGGAGGCAACACGUAUGAUACGUUCAGGAUUGAGGCUGCCACUGGUGAGAUAUCCAUUCAGAAACAGCUGGACUACGAAAGUAUCAAAGAGUACAGGCUUUCCAUUCAGGCGCAGGAUCAAGGUGCCCCGCCAAGAACCAACAGCACUGAUGUCAUAGUCGUGGUUGACGAUGUCAACGACAAUCCGCCGGUGUUCCACGCAGCACCGUACAGAGACACGGUUCCUGAAAACGAGCCAAUAAACAAUACGGUUGUUACCGUGCAGGCGCAAGACAGAGAUGGUGGCUUGAAUUCUAAGCUUGUGUACUCCAUAGUGAACCCUGAUAAUACUUUGCCAUUCUGGAUCGAUUCCACAACCGGAGAUAUUAAGGUGAAAUCUGAGCUGGACAGAGAGAAGCAGGAUAGUUAUAGUUUUGUGGUGAAGGCAAAAGACCAGGGCACCCCUGUACUAUCAGACACUGCUAGUGUGUUUCUGACCAUCAGAGAUGUCAACGACAAUGCACCUGUAUUUGCUCAGAAGAUAUACAACAAGUCCGUUUCCGAAUCAACAGCAGUCACCACUCGAAUUCUCAGCGUAUCUGCCACAGAUGCAGACAACAAUGACAAUGCGUACAUCACGUACACUAUCGCAAGUGGUAAUGCAAACAAUGCAUUCCAGAUCAGCACCAUUAAUGGGGAAGGUAUGAUCUCCCUUCAGAGACAACUCAACUUCAAAGAGCAUUCCCAGUAUCAGCUUGAGGUCAGGGCCACCGACCUCGGUGGUCUCUACGACUCCGCCCAAGUUCGCAUUUAUGUCCUUGACACCAACAAAUACAGACCCCAGUUCCAGCACACCCCAUAUAAGAUUGAGGUCAGCGAAAAUGUGGCGGUCGGGUCCUCCAUAUUCCAGGUUCUGGCCAUAGACCAAGAUGUAGGCGAGAAUGGAAGGGUUAGUUACAGGCUCGGACAGGGAACCAGCAACUUUGAAAUUGAUGAGAAUUCAGGCGACAUUAAGACUCGUGUGAAGUUGGACAGAGAGACAACAGAGAGCAUGUCCUUUGCAGUGGAGGCACACGACCACGGCCAACCCCCACAGUCCACUGUUGUGAUGGUGUCUGUCAUUAUAAAGGAUGAAAAUGACAAUGUCCCUCACUUUACCAAUGACACCUUUACUGGCUUUGUAAUGGAGGAUGCUAAUGUUGGGAAAAGUGUGAUGCAAAUCUUUGCGAUUGACGAAGACAAAGGCAACAAUGCCAAGAUCUCCUACAGCCUUCUCUUCUCUGCAAACCCACCAAGUGAUGAUUUCUCUGUUGAUCCUGUGUCGGGUGUGAUCAGGGUUGCCAAGAAGCUUGAUCGGGAGACUGUGGCCAUGUACAACUUGAAAGCCGUUGCCACUGAUGGAGGUAUACCUGCAAAAUCAUCUACAGUUGGAGUCAGGAUAACUAUUGGAGAUAUAAACGAUAACCCGCCAAAGUUUCCUUCAAAAGAAAUUGAAAUUAGGGUGCCUGAGAAGACGCCAGUUGGUUCCGUUUUAAUGAAGAUUUCGGCUUCUGAUCCAGAUGAAGGGGUGAAUGCUGAAGUGGAGUAUGAAAAAAUUGAUGGUCUGGAUUCGGACAAGUUUGAUCUCAGUUACACGACUGGUGAACCGGCAAUUCUUAAGAAUCGGGUCGACUUCGAUUAUGAGGAAGGACAACGAAUAUUUCAUGUCAAAAUUUCCGCCAAAUCAAGGCCUCUCUUUGAAGACGCUACUUUGAUCAUCUCCAUUCAAGAUGUCAACGACAAUCCACCAGAGCUUGAGGACUUUUCGAUCAUUUUCAAUAAUUUUGAGGAGAAUUUUAUAACCGGUCCCAUCGGUCGAAUCCCUGCAUUCGACAAAGACGAAAUUGAUCGGAACAAGCUGAGGUACAAGAUUCUAGGUGGCAAUGAGGCGCAUUUUCUGGACCUUGAUGCCUCGACUGGAGAACUGACCCUGGACUAUCGCCUCAAUACAGAUGUCCCGCGGAAUGGAACGAUUCAAGUGCAAGUGACAGAUGGACUGCAUCUGAAGACUGCUUCCUGUCGCCUAUACGUCCGUCUGGUUACCAAGGAGAUGUUGGAGAAGAGCGUCACGAUUCGCCUCAAUAACAUCACUCAGGACACUUUCCUUUCCCCCGUCUACAAGUUCUUCGUCGACGCCCUGGCCUCCGUUCUUAACACCGAGGAGAAGAAUAUUUACGUCAUCAAUGUGGAGAAAGACACCGACGUGUCGACUACUGUUUUGAAUGUCAGUGUCGCCGUGAGGAAGUCAGAUGGAUCGUUCAUCGACGCGGAGGUCCUUCAGGAGCAGAUUUACUUACAGAGAAUCCGAUUGGCUGAUCUGUCCACGCUACAGGUGCUGCCGUUCGAGGAUAACAUCUGUAUCCGUGAAUUCUGUGACAACUUUGAGCACUGCAUCUUCUACGUCAAGUUUGGUCGUCCUCAGCCCUUCAUCACUUCUUCCACCAUGCUGUUCCGACCUAUUCAUCCCGUCAACAGCUUUCGAUGUGAAUGUCCUGCCGGUUACGCAUUGACCUCUGGAAAUUACUGCAAUAAGGAGAUAGACGCCUGCUACAGUAGUCCGUGUAAGAAUGGGGGAGCAUGCAAACGCAAGGAGGGUGGAUUCACCUGUCUCUGUGCCCCCAAUUUUGCAGGAGAGACUUGUGAGAUUAACAACAAUCAACAGUUUGACCUUUUGACCUGUCCCCAGAACUUGUGUGAGCCUCCAUCUGAGUGCGAGCCCAACAAGAACUCAGGGGGAUUCCGGUGUAAGGGCUGCCCUGCCGAGCCUCAUUACAACAAGUACUGUCAGCUGACCUCCAGGAAGUUUUCUAUUGGUUCCUAUCUAACCUUCCCAGCAUUCAAGAGAAGAUUCAGGUUCAACAUUCAGCUUAAGUUUGCAACUCAGAUGAAAAAUGGUCUUCUUUUCUACAAUGGCCGAUUCAAUGAUAGAAACGAUUUCAUGGCCCUGGAGAUUGUGGACGGACAGCUUCAGUUCUCCUUCAGCACCGGGACCAACAAGACAUCAGUCAGGUCAAAGGUCAAGGGAGGCGUGGCCAACGGAGAAUGGCAGUUUGCUCAAGUGGACUAUAUUAACAGGACUGCCACCCUAUCGGUGGGGGAGGAGUGUGAUACACAGAUUGCUGUCAAGUAUGGGCACCUGAUCACGGACCACCCUUGUGCUGUACAGACCACCUUCCAAAUUCCAGACAUAUGCUACACCAGUGCAGUCCCGAAGGUUCAGUGCCCAAAGUUCCUGGACCUAAAUGGUCCGAUGCAGAUUGGGGGCCUCCCCAACUUCCAGUCUCAGUUCCAGAUCGUCAACCGGAACUACAAGGGCUGCAUCAAGGACUUCUACGUCGACCACCAGCUCCUGGACCUCAACAAGUUUGUCUUCAACAACGGGACGGUGGCUGGAUGUGCUGAGAAGACGGAUCAGUGUAUAUCUGCUCCCUGUAAACAUGGAGGCACCUGCCAUGACCGAUGGGGUACGUACUUCUGCGAGUGCCCUGACCGGGCGGGGGGUAAGGACUGCAGCCAGGUGAUUGACCAGCCCACGCGUCUGGAGGGUAACGGGUUCCUACUGUACACAGAAAACUCACUGACCAGUAAGAUGAUCCUGUACACCUGGUACAACGGCAUCUCCUUCAGGACCCGGGCCACGGCAGGGGUACUGAUGUACGUUGUCAUCAGCGAGGGACACUCCGUCACUCUAGAGCUGAUAGAUGGCUACGCCCACUACAGAGUUGGAGGGGUCAACAACACAUUCAAGUUUGAUUACCUUCCUGUCAAUGAUGGCAAGUGGCACUAUCUGGAGGUCAGGUGGCCCAGGUUAGGGGAGAUCAUCCUUGUGAUGGACUAUGGGCACUGGCAGAAAAAGGAGGCCAUAUCUCUUAGCGUUAACAAUAAGCUGAUAGAGAGAGUAUAUGUGGGAGCAGAGAGGGAGAACGAUGGACCAAUAACAAAAGGAUUCGUAGGCUGUCUGGAGAACAUGAUCGUGGGGAACACAAACACCGCGCUGCUGUCUCGCCCCUCCCACAGCAACAGCUUCCCAGGGUGCACCAUUCCCAGUGCCUGUAAGGACAACCCGUGUACCCAGGGAGCCUCCUGUGUGGACCACUGGGGCAAGCACGAGUGUGUCUGUCCUAAAGGGACCCUUGGCCCAGAAUGUAAGGACAUUUGCAGGAACUACAACCCCUGUCAGAAUGCUGCCAUCUGUCACGGCCCAACCUACAAGCCAACCUCACCCUCAGGCUACACCUGUCAGUGUGGUCAGCUCCAGGGAGGGAGGUACUGUGAGGAGGUGUCCACUCAACCCUGUCAAGACGGCUGGUAUGGUUUCCCUGUCUGUGGCCCCUGUAACUGUUCCUACAAACUUGGGUUUGACACCAAAUGCAACAAGACGGAUGGGACGUGCUACUGCCAGGAGAACUACUAUCGACCAAUAGGAAGCGACCGCUGCUACCCAUGUGACUGCUACAAGUAUGGGUCGACGUCCAUUUACUGUGACAAGGUCACUGGGCAGUGUCCGUGUAAGAAGAAUGUGGUCGGAAGGAAGUGUGACCAGUGCGAGAAUAAAUAUGCUCACAUCUCGUGGAACCCCAAUGACGACAUAGGAUGUUUAGUCACCAACAGUAUGUGUCCCCGUCAAUUUCACAAGUUCAUGUGGUGGGAGGCCAUCACGUUCACUGAAAGUGGCCAUGUCACAGCGGUCCAAGACUGUCCGUAUGGGGCUGUGGGUGAUGCCAAGAGAAACUGCUCCAAAACUGAGCUGUGGUCAGAACCCGAUCUGUUUAACUGUACCAACAAGGACUUUGUGUCUUUGGAAUCUCAGAUUGACCAAAUAGAACGUAAAGUACUCAACAUCACCACCCUGGUUGCCAAGACUCUGGCCUCUAAGCUGGCCAGUGCUACGUCUAAUGUCAAGGUACUGUUUGGCAACGACAUCAACAUCACAUACAGGGUGGUCAACCAACUGCUGAAGUACGAGAACAAGCAGUAUGGACUGAGUCUGACCGUGGAACAGGACAGCAACUAUCUACAGAACCUGUUGGAUGCCCUGAGCAGGGCGUUGGACCCCCAGCAUGCCUACGAGUGGAGUAGAAUUAACCAGGAGUCUGGCGGGAUAGCGGAAAUCUUCUACCGACUGGAGAACUACCUGGAUCUGCUGACCAGGAACCUGGACAGUAUGCAGAAAAAUCCAUACCGUGUCGUGUCCAAGCAUAUUGUUCUGAGUGUGGACACCUUGACCUCCAGCAACACCAGCGGACUGAAAAUUCCAAAGUUUGACAACAUCGUCGCCUCUCCCCCAACGUUUGAUGACCUGACCCACGUUCUGCUGCCUCCCUCCAUCAGCCCCUCUAUGGCUGAGUACAUCCAGCAGGUCAUGGCCCCGGGGUCAGACAAGUUCUAUGUCUCCUACAUCAUGUUCGACACCCUCGGUGAAUUACUGCCCCGCGGGGCCGGGAGCCUACACUCCAGUGUUGUUCAGAACCCUGGGCGAGAGCUGGCGGUGAAUGCUCCAGUGUUCACCCUACUGAUCAGGGACAGGGGGUGUGCCAUCAAGACCGGAUUCUCCGAACCUCUCAAGUUCCACUUCAAACAGAAGGUCAAGGACAACCGCACCAGUCCGCAGUGUGUUUACUGGAAAACCAGCCCCCACAAGGUCUGUAACCACACAGACUCGGGCACUGACCACAGUUACCAAGGGCAGUGGUCGAGUGAGGGUUGCACCGUGGACAAGAGGUACGAGGUCGAAAUCUCAGGUCAAGGGUCGGAGGUCAAGAAGGACAUGUACGUGGUGUGUUCCUGUAGUCACAUGACCUCUUUCUCAGUUCUCAUGGAAGUGGCCGACUCAGAAUACGUAUCAAAAGCGGUGAUCUCCCUGGUCAUCUUCAGCUUCGUGGGGAUCGGGAUCUCGCUGGUCUGUCUGUUUGUGUCCUUCGUCAUCUUCUGUUCCUUCAAGCGCCUCCAGUGUAACGCCAACAGCAUCCUAGUGAACCUGGUCUUUACAAUGUUUGUGGCCGAGUUAGCCUUCAUCACAGGAGUGUACAGGGUGUCCAGUAAGCUGAUGUGUCGACUGGUGGCGAUAUGUCUCCACUACUUUUACCUGGCCGCCUUCAGCUGGCUGUUUGUGGAGAUGUUACACCUGUACCGACGUCUGAUUGAGAUCCGCGAUAUCAAUCACGGCACCAUGAAGUUCUACUAUCUCCUUGGAUACGUGAUCCCAGGAAUCAUCGUGGGUUUGUCUGUGGGCCUGUACACUGACGGCUAUGGAAACAGCUCAUUCUGUUGGAUGGAUAUAUCGGAGACGUUCAUCUGGAGUUUUGCUGGACCAGUGGCUUUUGUCAUUCCCGCCACCAUCAUGAUGUUUGUUUUAGCCUUACACUCUAGCUGUCAGGAGAAAGUCAAUGUGUCUGAUAUUACAAGCUUCAGGGCUCGGAUUUUCUCUGGGGUGAUAUUACUGCUCCUGCUGGGGAUCACCUGGAUUUUGGGACUACUUUCUGUGAACUAUGACCUCCAGCCCUUGCACUAUGUCUACGCUGGAUUUGCAUUCCUUCAAGGACUCUUUAUCUUCCUGGCCUACAUUGUUGGAGAUAAAAAGGUGCGAUACAACCUGAAGAAGCAGUGGUAUAAGAUGCAGGGAAAGAAAAUGGACCCGGACGACUCAAUGGUCGGGAGCCGACCCUCCAUAUCACGGUCAGCCCUGGCCUAUAGAAGGGACUCCUCCAUCGACGGCUACAUCAAUCGGACCAAUGUGGGGAUCUCCACCACCUCCACCACUUCUAGAUCGACCAGUAAGAGCAGUGGGGGGCUGUACAAGGGAGACGACUACCUACGCAGUACUGACACCUCCACCUCCGGCCACGCCCCCUCCUACGCCUACGACAACGCAUACCAUCAGAAAUCUGGGGAGGAGGGAGACGUACAUGUACCAGGGAGGAGGAGUCACCGUAAACGCAGGAACCAUGACUCGGACUCUGAGAGUGAUGUCUCCAUUGGCCAGGCCAGUAUAGAGCUAGCUUCCAGUCACUCGUCCGAUGAAGAGGACGAUUUUGACAUAGGGCCAUCAUGGGAGAAACAACUGCCAAAAAACAAGAAAAUUGAAGAGGCCAAAGAACAGAUGAAGAAGAAGAAACAACAACAGGAGCAAGGUCAGCUUCCACCCCAGGACUCGGAGGCGCUGCAGAACCAGCAGAAUCUCAAACACCUGCAGCCCAGCCACCCUGGUCUUCCACUUUACACCUCGGUUCCUAACUAUGGACACUGGCCCGGUGACCCCAAUUUGUCAGGGUUUCACAUGAGCGAGUCCGAUUACCAGCAGAUCGUGUCCAGCAACCCGCCGGAUGUCACACUUCCUGCUCAGCAGGAACUGCAAGGACACAGAGAUUACAUUAUACCCCCUGUGCGCAAGGACAGCCUCGUAGCUGAUCCAACCACCUCCCCCCGGAGCCCUUACAUUUUACCCCCUCCCCCACCUGAAACGCGGAUGAAAGUUCAGGUGUUAACUCACAAUGGCAGUAUUUCUUCUGACACAGAAUGCAGCGACGAGACGACCGUCUGACACCCCUUUUGGAUCCUCUCCUCAUUCCAUCCAUUAAUCAUCUCAUCAUCUAAUCAACUUCACUCGAUUAUAACCUAAGCAUAAUAUUGAUGAAGCAUGUUGACAAACUCUUAGUUGACUUUAUUGUUUAUUUUUUAACAUCUAUUAUGUUGUUAAUGCAUUCCAACUAACAUUCCAUUCUUUAUUAAUUUUGUCUUUUUUUAUACUUUUUAAAGCAUUUUUCAAUACAAUUUUUACCAAAUAUUAGAGUUUAUAAGUGAAAUACUGGGAGAUUAUGUUUCCAUUCCCAUUCUGUAAGAACUUCCAUGCUAGCUUUCGGAGCAUAUUUUUUUUUUCCAUAUUUUUGUUUGGUCUCAGGUCAAUGUGCUAUUAUACUUUUAUUUUUUUUUUAAAUAAUACAUCGUUCAUCAAAGAAACAUUCCAGAAGAAUUCCAAUUAUGCAGGCCAUGAAUAGCUUUAAUAUCAGCAGCAUUGAGAUCGUGUUUAUUACAUGUAUAUUGUUUCUAUGUUAAUGAUUGAUUGAUGUAUAUAGUUGAUCAAUCGAAAAUAUCGUUUUUAAAAAAUGGUACAAUGUAGCAUGAUGUAAUUGUGUUAUUCCAUUUUUUGUUUAAUAUAUUUUCUUUGUGGUUCGCUCGCAAAAAAUUGGGAAAGUUAAUUGAAAGGAGUUGAAAUCUUCCAGUAUAAAAUUCCAGAAUGUAAAACCGUGUGAAUUAUCUCUACAGCAGCUAUUUAUUGGAAUAUUGCAAAUCCAGCGGUUGUGCCAUAACUUGUUCAUCAUGUUAUAUAUGAUCAUACGAAAUUUUGUAAAUAUCAAAUUGUCAGACAUAUUACUCUUCCAAACCAUAUUCCGAUAUUUGUCGCCUUUAAUUUCUGAAUGGUUGAAGUCUGUAUAUUUUUUUCCCUCUACCUUUGGUACAAAUACUACAAAAGAAGCAUUGAGAUUGCGUUAAGAUCUGAGUUUUCUUUUAAUUGAUCUCAUUGGUUUGCUAGUUGAUAGAACGAGAUUCUAGCCAGUAGGAUCCAAAUUUGUGCUUAAUGUGAUAUGUAAUCAUAUUUUCAUAUGUUGCCUAAUUCAUGUUUAUGUGCAUUUUAAAUGUAUUUAAUUUUAGUAUUCUAUAAAGUUGUGUAUUGUAUAAAUCGUUAUGGAAUGCAAAACUUGAGAAGAGGAGCAUUUUGUUUGAGAUAUAAAUGUAUCGGCUUUUAAUCUCGUGUAUCUGAUCACUGAAUUCCAAGAAAUUUAGCCAGUAUUUAACAUUGUGAACAAGUAUUCCAAAGACGGGGGUGGUAUGCAAAUGUAUGCUAUUGAAAAAGGGGGGAGGGGAAGUGUAUCUGUUGCAAGUCAGUCAAAAAAUAUAUUAUCCAUCCUAAAUCAUUUUGAGGUGUCACAUAUGUAAAGAAAGGUGCCUCAAAAGCAAGUGUUGUAUUUUCAUGUUCAUGCAGUCACCAGUAUGUAUUUGCAAUAUUCAAUACAUGUCAAUCAGAUAAAUUUUUUGCCCCUUUGUAAAAAAACAUAUAUUAUGUGAUGAUCUUUUUAUGCAUCCGAUUGGAUGAAAAGAUUUUUUCUGUUCCCUCGAAUUUGCAAAACAUUGAAAGCUUUAUCAUUCCAAGUUCCCCAAGGGAUAAAAAAAUAUAUACAUGUAAUUAUAUAGAUCUACACAAAAGUAUAACUGUCUUGAUGAGAUGAAUGUCUGUGAUUUUUUAAAUGUGUGAAAGAACGAAGUGCAAAUUGUACAUGUAUAUUGAUUAUAUUGUCACCUGCAAAUUUUGUAUUUAUUUUUUUGCUGUUUUAUUUGAUAUAGAUUUUUUUGUCAAUUUUUGUAGAAAGAAUGUGAGGCUUUUCUCUUUUUAUAAAGGUCUACAAAUAAAUGAUGAUAUAAAUAUGAA